ACGAAGGCAAUGAGUAUUAGCCAAUCAGAGACAGAAUAGGGCGGGUCAUGACUUCGCCAUCCUAGAAAACAAAUUACGCUUGCGCGUUUCUACUCUCAGUCUGUGCAUCUCGGCUGCCAUCCCUUGUGUUGGGGGCGCAUGAUAUUUUUCCGGCAAUGUUCAAUCAACCUAGGCAUUAAAAGAACAGCUAACUGUUUUAAUAUGUUUGAGUAAAAGUGACCAUAUAUUGCUGGGCCAUAAUACUGUAACAGAUACUUUUUUUUUUUUAUCUCUAGGCCCAACCAACAUUUUAGUCAGGGUUUCAAAGUGCUCCACAAUGCUCAGUCAAGUGAAAACCUCAACAAACAUGAGGACAUGACACAUUUUCAGAUAAAACCUGUGGUGAUGGGAAGCCAGUAUAGCCUAUGUCUUGGCUAUGGUGAGGAGUGAUGUAGUGGAUAAAAUAUUACAGUAAAGUUACAGCAUACUGCAGUCUGUUGAGAAUCUGGGAGGGUGGGCCAAACAGGGAACUGAAACACUUAUGAUAAUAAGAGUGCAGCAUCAUUCAGCAUCAGUGAUUCAGAGAGUAACAGACUUAGUGAUGCCCUCAGAAAUGUUAAGCAGAAUAAUUGUACAAGUGGUAUUUUUCCAGUGGUAUACAGAUACACAUAGUGCACAGUAGGACCUCAUAUACUGUCAGCCUGGGUCAGUGCAAGACUUUUGAUAGACCUGAAAACUUAACAUUUUUUCCCUGUAUUUGCACAAUUUGUUGUACUGCAAACUUACUACUAGGUUUUAGUUACACCAAAGUAAUAACUUAAAUCAGUUUUGUUCAUGCAGUUGUAAGUUUUAAAUAGAUGAAAUGUAGAUUCUUCUUUAUGUUAUUGACAAAGUCAGGUUGGAGCUUCAGGUUAAAUAUUAGUUUCACUUAGUAAUAACUUUAUAGUUCAGGUCUUAAAAUGUCAUAAAAGUUAUCAUACAGACAGCAACCAAAAAUCAUAAAAUACAGUAAGUUUUCAUGAAUGUUGAAUAAAUAUUCUUUUUAAAAAGAGCAGUGGUUAUGCUCAGUAUCUAACAUAUAUGUUCAUAAUGGUUUGUUUCAGAGUGAUAUUAUGUAACUUUAUUAGAUGGGGAAAACUAUUAUUAUUUAUGAAGGCCAACUUCCUCCUCAUGUUUCCCCAAUGGACAGCGCUGGAUAAUGUUAUCUUUGACAGACCAGCACUUUUAUUAAUCUGUAGUGUGAAACACUGUGAAGCCCUCAUCCGCUGUUAAAUAUAUAAGUGGUGGUGGUGUUUUCUGUCUGCAGUUCUUCAUAGAUGUUAACCACAAGGAAGCUAUAAAUAUCACAACCCAGUGAGACAGUGCAGAGAAACCUAAAGCAAGUCAAUUCUGUGAAAUCAUCCCAAAAGAAGGGACCAGACAGUAAUUUUAAAUAUGAAAUCUUUAAAACAAUUAUUUAAAAAUACUUAAAAAACAAAUAAUUAUAAAUUAACUCAAGCAGUAUUUGAAGGAUUUUUCGGGGUAAUAUAAAUGUUUGUUUACACAUCAUAAAGGUACAGUCACAAACUAGUAAUGACAAACACACAGCAGAUAUAAAGCAAUUUACAUUGAUAAACAUGUAAAACAUGUACGUACCUUUGACAUGUGGCACACAAAUGACCGUUAAUAAGGAAGUAACAGACAAGGCAAAGGUUGUACAAGGCCAAAAGGAUAAGCAGCUUAGUCACUUGCCAUUAUAAGCAGGGACCAGAGGUUAAAAGAGGAGGACAUGGUUAAGAAUUAAAAGUCAACACCACUGAAAUAAAAUUAAUAUUGAACUGUGUCAGCUGAAAAACAUUGUUUGCCAACCUGAAGUGCUGUUGUUUUAGUCAACACACAAGUGGCAGUACUGAAAAUAGAAACUUGAAGUUCACCCUGGGACGGCAAACCAAAAGGAAUUUAACAAGUUUAUAGUAUGUCUGCAGCUUAUUAAAUCUUUACAAUGAUGUAUUCUUUCAAAAUCACCCCAAACCACUUGCUGCUGUGUGUCUUCCUGAGUCUACUUCGGGUAAGUUUUUUUUAACUUCUACUUUGAUAGUGAUCAGAUAGUGUACCUUUAUUCACCAGAAAGUUACCCUCAACAAAAGGAAACAAUACAGUGACAAAACCACAGAGAUUCAGUGCGCGAUAUGCUCCAUACCAAAGUUUUGACAGUGGAGUUUAAUAGUCUGAAAUAUCAAAAUGUACAUUGUACAGAAAACAAAAAAGAAUAUUGAACAGCAUAAGGAUGAUGGACUUUUUCAGAUGGUGAAAUAUGAAUUUAUUAUUUCCCAGCUGCAGUUAUGUUUUCUCACUCACUUUCUCAGAGACACAAAAGCAUGAUUGAGGAAAUAACUUGUUAAGUUUAAAACAGAAAGGGAGCUGUACCUCCAAUAUGUAUUGUUAACUUUAUUUUAUAUUCUAGACAAGCGGAUGAUCUGUAUCUGGAUACUGUUUUGUAUUAUAGCCUAUAUUUAUUAAAAAAUAUAGUAUUUGACUGUUAUAAUAGGGAAAUAAAUAUAGCGCAUGGAAGAUAUUUUAAGAACCUAUUGUGCACAAAUAUCUGUAUUCAGUGAAUGUGUUUUGCUAUUAUUUUAAAAAAGCAAUGAUGUGACAGUUCUGUCUGACUUAAUCUUUCUGUCUGCUCAUUAACCAGCAUAUGUUAGGUGUUGUACUUGUAGAUUUAAAAGUAGAAGUACAAUAUGCAAAAAAAGAAAAAAAAAAAGAAUUCUGGACCAUAAUUUGCAUCUGAAGAUCUCUGUUUCCUCAAGGUUCAUACACAUCAAUAUCACAUAUUUGUCUUAGAAAGUUUUGUCUACCUAUAAGGGAACUGUUGAGUAGAAAGUAGAGUAGAACUUGUUUUUUGGAUAUUCCCGUCAUGCUGCUUGUUCACAGUACAGGUACAAUAUGAUAUACAUACAAGAUAAAAGCAGAAAUAUUAUUACUGCAUUAGAGUUCUGUCAACGGUGUCGAUUCCAUAGCUAGGUGAACACUUCUGGCAAUUUUGUGAAUUAUGAAAUUAAACUUUGAUAUUUUUGGGAUUAGGUGCGCCCCAAUGAUUCUGUUGCUGUUCUGCUUUUAGGGUGCCACUAACUCCAACACAAGAUCAACACCAGCUCCUGUAGAUGUAAAGAGCGUGAAGGUGUUGGGUCAAAAUGAGAGCAGUAUAACUCUGAUGUGGGACAAGGUUAACAACAUCUCAACAUACUUCCUGGAGUAUGUUAACAAUGACAGUGUCAAGGUGGACAAUAUCAAUGCACCUCAUCAAGAGACAUCGGUUACACAUGUGGUCGCUCAUUUGAGUGCUGGGACAAAAUAUAAUUUUUCUCUCGUUACAUUUAAUGGAGCCAACAGCCCUGGAUACAGUUUUUCUGCUGUCACUGCACCUCUUAAUGCGAAAGAGUUCAAAUCAGAUGGACAAACUGAGACCAGUAUAACUCUGCAGUGGAACACAGUAGAGGACAUCCUCAACUAUAGACUUGUGUUCAAUGGAAGUGAGAUAAACGUCACUGCAUCAGCGGAUCAAGGAACAUACACAAUCCAAGGACUCACAAGUGGGACUAAAUAUGACUUCACUCUCUUCACUGUGUUUGAAAAUGUCAGAAGCAGUGGAAUAAAACUAACUGCAGUCACUGAACCUCGUAAUGCAGAGGAUUUUAAAUCAGUUGGACAAAAUGAGACCAGUAUAACUCUGCAGUGGAACAAAGUGGAUGACAUCCUCAACUAUACACUUGUGUUCAAUGGAAGUGAGAUAAACGUCACUGCAUCAGCGGAUCAAGGGACAUACACAAUCCCAGGACUCACAAGUGGGACUAAAUACAAUUUCACCCUCUUCACUGUGUUUGAAACUGUCAGAAGCAGUGGAAUAAACCUGACUGCAGUCACUGAACCUCGUAAUGCAGAGGAUUUUAAAUCAGUUAGACAAACUGAGACCAGUAUAACUCUGCAGUGGAACAAAGUAGAGGACAUUCUCAACUAUACACUUGUGUUCAAUGGAAGUGAGAUAAACGUCACUGCAUCAGCGGAUCAAGUGACACAUAAAGUCUCAGGACUCACAAGUGGGACCAAAUAUGACUUCACUCUCUUCACUGUGUUUGAAAACGUCAGAAGCAGUGGAGUAAAACUAACUGCAGUCACUGAACCUCGUAAUGCAGAGGAUUUUAAAUCAGAUGGACAAACUGAGACCAGUAUAACUCUGCAGUGGAACAAAGUAGAGGACAUUCUCAACUAUACACUUGUGUUCAAUGGAAGUGAGAUAAACGUCACUGCAUCAGCGGAUCAAGGGACAUACACUCACUCAGGACUCACAAGUGGGACUAAAUAUGACUUCACUCUCUUCACUGUGUUUGAAACUGUCAGAAGCAGUGGAGUAAACCUGACUGCAGUCACUGAACCUCGUAAUGCAGAGGAGUUUAAAUCAGUUGGACAAACUGAGACCAGUAUAACUCUGCAGUGGAACAAAGUGCAUGACAUCCUCAACUAUAUACUGGUGUUCAAUGGAAGGGAGAUAAACAUCACUGCAUCAGCGGAUCAAGUGACACAUAAAGUCUCAGGACUCACAAGUGGGACUAAAUAUGACUUCACUCUCUUCACUGUGUUUGAAAAUGUCAGAAGCAGUGGAGUAAACCUGACUGCAGUCACUGAACCUCGUAAUGCAGAGGAUUUUAAAUCAAUUGGACAAACUGAGACCAGUAUAACUCUGCAGUGGAACAAAGUGGAGGACAUCCUCAACUAUACACUUGUGUUCAAUGGAAGGGAGAUAUACAUCACUGCAUCAGCGGAUCAAGUGACACAUAAAGUCUCAGAACUCACAAGUGGGACUAAAUAUGACUUCACUCUCUUCACUGUGUCUGAAAAUGUCAGAAGCAGUGGAGUAAACCUGACUGCAGUCACUGAACCUCGUAAUGCAGAGGAUUUUAAAUCAGUUGGACAAACUGAGACCAGUAUAACUCUGCAGUGGAACAAAGUGGAGGACAUCCACAACUAUACACUUGUGUUCAAUGGAAGGGAGAUAAACGUCACUGCAUCAGCGGAUCCAGUGACGUACACUCACUCAGGACUCACAAGUGGGACUAAAUAUGACUUCACUCUCUUCACUGUGUUUGAAACUAUCAGAAGCAGUGGAGUAAAACUAACUGCAGUCACUGAACCUCGUAAUGCAGAGGAUUUUAAAUCAGUUAGACAAACUGAGACCAGUAUAACUCUGCAGUGGAACAAAGUGGAGGACAUUCUCAACUAUACACUUGUGUUCAAUGGAAGUGAGAUAAACGUCACUGCAUCAGCGGAUCAAGGGACAUACACUCACUCAGGACUCACAAGUGCGACUAAAUAUGACUUCACUCUCUUCACUGUGUUUGAAACUGUCAGAAGCAGUGGAGUAAACCUGACUGCAGUCACUGAACCUCGUAAUGCAGAGGAGUUUAAAUCAGUUAGACAAACUGAGACCAGUAUAACUCUGCAGUGGAACAAAGUGGAUGACAUCCUCAACUAUAUACUGGUGUUCAAUGGAAAGGAGAUAAACGUCACUGCAUCAGCGGAUCAAGUGACAUACACAAUCCCAGGACUCACAAGUGGGACUAAAUACAAUUUCACCCUCUUCACUGUGUUUGAAACUGUCAGAAGCAGUGGAGCAAAACUAACUGCAGUCACUGAACCUCGUAAUGCAGAGGAUUUUAAAUCAGUUGGACAAACUGAGACCAGUAUAACUCUGCAGUGGAACAAAGUGGAUGACAUCCUCAACUAUACACUUGUGUUCAAUGGAAGUGAAAUAAACGUCACUGCAUCAGCGGAUCAAGUGACACAUAAAGUCUCAGGACUCACAAGUGGGACUAAAUAUGACUUCACUCUCUUCACUGUGUUUGAAAAUGUCAAAAGCAGUGGAGUAAACCUGACUGCAGUCACUGAACCUCGUAAUGCAGAGGAUUUUAAAUCAGUUGGACAAACUGAGACCAGUAUAACUCUGCAGUGGAACAAAGUGGAGGACAUCCACAACUAUACACUUGUGUUCAAUGGAAGUGAAAUAAACGUCACUGCAUCAGCGGAUCAAGUGACACAUAAAGUCUCAGGACUCACAAGUGGGACCAAAUAUGACUUCACUCUCUUCACUGUGUUUGAAACUGUCAGAAGCAGUGGAGUAAACCUGACUGCAGUCACUGAACCUCGUAAUGCAGAGGAUUUUAAAUCAGAUGGACAAACUGAGACCAGUAUAACUCUGCAGUGGAACAAAGUGGAGGACAUCCACAACUAUACACUUGUGUUCAAUGGAAGGGAGAUAAACGUCACUGCAUCAGCGGAUCAAGUGACACAUAAAGUCUCAGGACUCACAAGUGCGACUAAAUAUGACUUCACUCUCUUCACUGUGUUUGAAACUGUCAGAAGCAGUGGAGUAAACCUGACUGCAGUCACUGAACCAGUUAACGCAGAGGAUUUUAAAUCAGUUGGACAAAAUGAGACCAGUAUAACUCUGCAGUGGAACAAAGUGGAUGACAUCCUCAACUAUACACUUGUGUUCAAUGGAAGUGAGAUAAACGUCACUGCAUCAGCGGAUCAAGGGACAUACACAAUCUCAGGACUCACAAGUGGGACUAAAUAUGACUUCACUCUCUUCGCUGUGUUUGAAAACGUCAGAAGCAGUGGAGUAAACCUGACUGCAGUCACUGAACCUCGUAAUGCAGAGGAUUUUAAAUCAAUUGGACAAACUGAGACCAGUAUAACUCUGCAGUGGAACAAAGUAGAGGACAUCCUCAACUAUACACUUGUGUUCAAUGGAAGGGAGAUAAACGUCACUGCAUCAGCGGAUCAAGUGACACAUAAAGUCUCAGGACUCACAAGUGGGACCAAAUAUGACUUCACUCUCUUCACUGUGUUUGAAAAUGUCAGAAGCAGUGGAGUAAAACUAACUGCAGUCACUGAACCUCGUAAUGCAGAGGAUUUUAAAUCAGUUGGACAAAAUGAGACCAGUAUAACUCUGCAGUGGAACAAAGUGGAGGACAUCCUCAACUAUACACUUGUGUUCAAUGGAAGGGAGAUAAACGUCACUGCAUCAGCGGAUCAAGUGACACAUAAAGUCUCAGGACUCACAAGUGCGACUAAAUAUGACUUCACUCUCUUCACUGUGUUUGAAAAUGUCAGAAGCAGUGGAGUAAAACUAACUGCAGUCACUGAACCACGUAAUGCAGAGGAUUUUAAAUCAAUUGGACAAACUGAGACCAGUAUAACUCUGCAGUGGAACAAAGUAGAGGACAUCCUCAACUAUACACUUGUGUUCAAUGGAAGUGAGAUAAACAUCACUGCAUCAGCGGAUCAAGUGACACAUAAAGUCUCAGGACUCACAAGUGGGACCAAAUAUGACUUCACUCUCUUCACUGUGUUUGAAAAUGUCAGAAGCAGUGGAGUAAACCUGACUGCAGUCACUGAACCUCGUAAUGCAGAGGAUUUUAAAUCAGUUGGACAAACUGAGACCAGUAUAACUCUGCAGUGGAACAAAGUGGAUGACAUCCUCAACUAUACACUUGUGUUCAAUGGAAGGGAGAUAAACGUCACUGCAUCAGCAGAUCAAGGGACACAUAAAGUCUCAGGACUCACAAGUGGGACUAAAUAUGACUUCACUCUCUUCACUGUGUUUGAAACUAUCAGAAGCAGUGGAGUAAAACUAACUGCAGUCACUGUUCCCCCAACGGUGGAUUUCGUCAAUGUGACAACACGCACUGUGAACAGUAUAACUCUGGAGUGGAAGAUCGUGAAUAAAACUUGGAGCUACUUUCUACAAAUUGAUGGGAAAAUUAUUCCAGUUGAACCAAAUAAAUCCUCUAAUGUUGUGUCACAUUCAGUCCCAUCUCUCCGCCCUGGAACAGAGUAUCAAUUCAGUGUGACCACAUCCUUCUAUGAACUCAACAGCACUGCUUUUAAAGGCUUUACAGUAACAGCCAUAAACUGUAGCAGUGUAACCUGGCAUGUUACUAGCUCAUCAAUCCAAGGAACGGUUGGAGGCUUGUUCUCGAAGGCAACAGCCACUAAUGGCUCGAAAGAAAUUCCUGCCAAUCCUGAAGGCAGCAAUGUGUCAUUUACUGGCCUUUACCCUGGCGCAAACUAUUCAGUGUCUCUUGUGUACGAACGAAAUUCCAUCUUCUUUCCACAGUGUGACCACGUAUUGACAAUCCCUCCUUCAGAUUUAACUGCUCGAUGUGAGUACUGGGCAGCUGGAUACUCUAUCCUUAUUGUCUUUGAUAAACCGGAUGGUUUGUGGACCACUGUGGAGGUGAAUGUGACUGGGAAGACUUACAAGGAGCAUAAUAAUGAGACACAGGAUAUCGAAAUAGCUGGAUUCCAACCUGCAAGAACAUAUGGUGUAUCUUUAGCCUUAAUAUCUGGGAAUGUGAGAAGUCGUAAACCAUAUGUUUUUCAAUGCCCUACUGAUCCAAGGGGAGUCAUUGCAGGGUCAGUGAUUGCUAUCCUGCUUUUUAUAAUUCUGGUCUGUCUGGCUGUCUUCAUUUUGUUUUUAAGACCAGAUAUUAUCAGAAAAAAGACAUUCAUUGAAGGUUCCCGACUCUCUAAUAAAUCCAAAGCUAUUUCUAUUGCAAAGUUUCCAGACCACUUCUAUCACCUAAGUGCGGAUGAAAACAGAGGUUUCAGCGAGGAAUAUGAGAACCUUCUUCCUGUUGGCACCGAGCAGACACGAAAGGUAGCUCUGCUGCCUGAGAACAAAGUGAAGAACCGUUUCAGCAAUGUACUGCCAUAUGACUGGUGUCGAGUGAGGCUAACUACAUCCAAUCCCGAUGGGAUCUCUGACUACAUUAAUGCCAGUUACAUGCCAGGCUACAGCAGCAACCGAGAGUACAUUGCUACUCAGGGUCCUCUGCCCGGUACAGUCAAUGAUUUCUGGAGGAUGAUCUGGGAACAAAGAGUGAGAGGCAUCGUCAUGGUAACCAACUGCAUCGAGGGAGGACGGACUAAGUGUGAACAGUACUGGCCUGCAGACAGCGAGACUUGCCUUUACGGAGAGAUGCUGGUCACCACUAGUUCUGAAGAGCAAGAGUCCAACUGGACAUUGAGGGAAUUCAGGGUGAAACAUAAGAACACCUCACAAGAGCGCAUAGUGAAACAUUUCCACUUUACUGCCUGGCCUGACCAUGGAGUCCCACAGGGCACUGGAGUCCUGAUCCAGUUCAGAGAACUGGUCAGACAUUACAUACAGAGAGAGGGGACCGGGGAACCCACUGUGGUUCACUGCAGUGCUGGAGUGGGGAGGACAGGCACCAUUAUUACCUUGGAUGUGCUGCUUCAGGAGCUAGAGCGAGAGAGAGCAGUGGGCAUCAAUGCCUUUGUGCACAAGAUGAGACUGAGUCGACCACACAUGGUGCAGACAGAGUCCCAGUACAUUUUCCUGCACCAAUGCAUCAUGGAUUGUCUGCAGCCAGAUGAGAAGACUGAAGAUAACGUAUAUGAGAAUGUGGACAUGAUAUAUGUUAAUGCCACUGCACUCCGAGAGUUUCGUUAAACGGCACAAAUGUCUGAACUAAAAGAGAUUAUCUCUGCACUGAGACAUUUAUGCACUUAAUGAAAAACUAAUUCUAAAGUCUACAUGCUGUUUUGUAUUAUCAAGUGUCUGUAACUGUAAAAGAAAGAUUCAAGUCUUAUAGAUUUACUGUAUAUGUAUAGCAAAUUUAUAUUACUUAAUUUAAUGUUUUCCUCUCAUGUACUCAAACUGUAUUAUUGUUAUUAUUAUUAUCCUAUAAGGGAAUAACACUCCAGAUGACCAAAGAAUGUUUUCAAAUUACAUUUAUUAACAAUAAGAAAUGUAGAAAAUGCUUUUCCAUUUGUGCAAGAAAUAAAAUAUUUUUAGUAACAAAACUAUAACUGAAUGUGCUUUUACAAGGUCUGCAAAAAAAAAAAAAAAAAAAAAAAGUCGAACUGGCA